CGUUACUUUUCAUUACGACUACCCCUAAUGUUUUUGGUAUUUCCUGAACUACGUUAAUACCAGAUCUUAUAGAGGAGCGACGCGUUAGUGCAUUCCCACGCCUUGCCGGUUGGCUUGGUCCAAAAAUAAACAAACCCAAUUGAACUAUUUGAAGCCGGAUGCGGAUAUAUCCGUUCGGCCAUGAACGGAUCCUGGAAGGUGGUGCUGCCCGUGGGCUUUGUGCUGUACAGCCUGCCGCUGUUCCUGCGCGUCAACGGCACCUCGGACUACGUAAUCGACGAGGAGUUCCACAUACCGCAGGGCUUGGCCUUUUGCCGCAAGGAGUUCGAUGUGUGGGACCCAAAGAUAACCACGUUCCCGGGCCUGUACCUCAUCGCGCUCGUUCUCAGUCCUUUCAACUUGUGCACGGUGACGGGCCUGCGGCUGCUGAGCUUGGCAGGCGCCGGAUUCAACAUCCUGCUGCUAUACAAGAUACGGCGGCGGGUUUUGGCUGGCUCCGGUGGCAACUCGUACGCAGCCCACGAGGCAAUCACGCUGUCCGUUCUACCGCCGCUCUACUUUUUUGGUCAUCUUUACUACACGGACACCCUGGCGCUGACCAUGGUGCUGCUGUUCUACAACUACUGGCAGCAGGAGGCACACCUGCCGGCGGCCGUCUUCGGGGCGGCCAGUGUGCUCAUGCGGCAGACGAACAUCGUGUGGGUUUGCAUGGGCACUGGAAUGACUGUGCUGGACACCUUGGUGCAGCAAUGCGCCCGAACUCGGGCGGUGCCCAAGGGAAAACUUCGGCUGUUGGGCAAGGAGCUCUGGCUGCAACUCUUUAGUAGCCCCCAACUGCUGUGCAAUUGCAUCCUCAGCAUCUUGGCCAAGUGCUGCUUCUACGCCUCCAUCAUAUUGCCCUUUGUGGGAUUCCUCUGCAUCAAUGGUUCCAUUGUGGUUGGCGACAAGAGUGCCCACGAGGCCACCGUACAUCUGCCGCAGCUUUUCUACUUUGCCAUCUUUGCAGCUGGCUUUGGGAUAUCCAACACCAUGCGACAGUUUCGCCCGGGUAUAGAUCUAAUCCGGCGAAAUCCUGUGCGCUCUGUGAUGUCCUUGCUGCUGAUCCUGCUGGUGGUAUAUCUAAACACCGAAGUGCAUCCUUAUCUUUUAGCUGACAACAGGCACUACACCUUCUAUGCGUGGAGCCGGCUUUACGGCCGCUUCUGGUGGUUCCGCUAUGCCAUGGCCCCGGUCUACCUUUUCGCCAUUUGUGUGCUCUUCUGCGGACUGCGUCACAUGCCGGACAGUUUCAAGCUUAUGUUUCCCCUCAGCCUGGUGCUGGUGCUGUGCUUCCAGCGGCUUCUAGAGUUGCGCUACUUUCUGGUGCCCUACAUCCUCUUCCGACUAAACACGCGGCACACGAGAAAGGGCCUGGCCGAGUGGCUGGAACUGGGCGUCCACCUACUGCUCAAUGUGGCCACAUUUUACAUAUACUUCACAAAGGAGUUUUAUUGGCAGAACUAUCGCACUCCUCAGAGGAUCAUCUGGUAACUGAAAACAUUCCUUGUAAAUUUAAAUUUUAAAAUAAAAAACGUGUUGGCAUUUUCAA